AGUUAAAUUUUGUGAUCGAAGGCGAUUACGUAUAGCGUGAACCCUAAUUGAAAGAUUUAUCUGUUUUUCGGGGUAGAAGAAGAUGUACGGUUCCACCGAAGAUGCAGAGCGAACCGCUUUCAGGAAGGCUGAAAAGAAAUACAAGCUGUAUUACGACAAUACCCGAAAGAAAAAGCAACCCAGACCAGUAGAUUUGUCCGACGUUAUUGAUUUCAAGUCAAUUUCAGAGUCUUACCAUAGAAAUGGUGAACUUCCCUCAGGCAUUUUCCCAAUUCAAUGCGAUCUCCAUACUCCUAUCUUCUGCUUGGAAACUCAUCCCGGGUUUUAUUUCAUUCCUGGAGCAUUACCCGUUGAGGAGCAAUGCCGAUGGAUAAAGGAGAGUUUAACAAGCUUUCCUCAACCUCCUAACAGGACCAACCACAAUGCAAUUUAUGGGCCUCUACAGGACUUAUUUGCUGCUGCCAAGGAUAAUAAAGUUUUGAUUCAAGAGGAGCAGUACUGUGGAACCAAUAAUUCUGAGGUGGAAAUCAUCCAGAACGACAUAAAUGUUCCCACAUGGAAUUUUUUUGAUCAAUCAGGUGCAUUUUCCAAAGGAGGUACAUGCAAAUCAGUGCCAGCCUCUGUUUUGCUUCGUAAGUUACGGUGGAGCACCCUUGGCAUGCAGUUUGACUGGUCGAAGCGGAGCUAUAAUAUUUCUCUGCCUCACAACAAGAUACCUGAUGCACUUUGCCUGUUGGCUGAAAGAAUGGCAGCACCUACCCUUCCAUUAGGUGAAGUGUUCCAGGCAGAAGCAGCAAUUGUCAAUUACUUUGGUCUAGGUGACACACUUGGUGGCCACCUUGAUGACAUGGAGAAGGAUUGGAGUAAGCCUAUUGUUAGCAUGAGCUUGGGCUGUAAAGGCAUUUUCCUUAUAGGGGGAAAGUCUAGGGAGGUUCCACCUCUUGCAAUGUUUGUUCGAAGUGGUGAUGUUAUUCUUAUGGCAGGACAAGCAAGGGAAUGCUUCCAUGGUGUCCCUAGGAUCUUCACUGAUAAAGAAAAUGCUGAGAUAUCCUCCCUUGAAUUGCUGUUUUCUGAUGAAGAGGAUUCUGCUUUGUUGGAGUACAUUAAGACUUCUAGAAUCAAUAUCAACAUUAGACAAGUAUUCUAGACUGAGUUCUCUUUUGAAAGUUUUGUAGAGAUGUAAUAGGAAGUAACAUUACAUUGCAUAAACAUGAGAAAAUGUUUUCCUCUGUACCAAUUUACACCCAAAAUUUUGCAAAGAAUUCUCUCAUAUUUGUGGAUAUGCUGCCUGCUUUGUUGAGAUUUAAAACCUACCCC